AAUUUCUCCGUAUUGUUCCCAAUCCCUGGCAUGUCAACACUUUUAUUAAAUCUGUUAAAAAUAUAAUAUAUAGUGUGUAUUUGUUUAUUAUAAAUAUUAAUAUUAAAAUUAUACACAAUUAUGUCAAAACGACUGUUUCAUAAUUUGCAUAGUUGUUUUAAUCAACAAAUUCGAUAUAUGCAUCGAAUUUGCGGAAAUGCACCAACCAUUGCUAGAAGUUUAAAUGACCGGCUAAGAGAAUUAAAUUAUCGCGAUCCAGAAAUACACUUUAAAGUUGAUAUAGGCUUACCUAUUGUCUACAAUAAAGAAUUGAGGGGUGAGAAGGUUAAUGAAGUUAAGAAAAAAAAUUCUGCGCUACACGCAAAACUUGAUUUGAGAGUUGCCAAAAAUGAUUGGUUAAAAACGACAGCUCCUUUAGAAAUUCGUAAAAUUGCAGAGCAUUAUGGAAUUUUCAAUGACCUUUUUGGGGAUGCAUAUUUUCAUCCUACAAUUCCUCUAACUAUUGAUUAUAAUGUUAAAGAUAUGGUAGCAAAAGUUUCUCGAGGUAAUUUUAUUACGGCAAGAGACACUUUGAAUGAACCAACAAUUAAAUACAGAGCAGAACCAAAUACUUUGUGGUCUCUUCUUUUGACUACUCCGGAUGGCAAUUUGUCAAAGUCAAAUCUCGAAAUUUGUCAUUGGUUCAUAGGAAACAUUCCUGGAGAUUCAAUCGAAAAAGGUGACUUGAUGUUAAAUUAUAUGAGACCCAUUCCACCUCGUGGUAUUGGAUAUUGUCGAUACAUUUUUAUAUUGUAUAAGCAAGACAAAAGAAUUGACUUUUCAGAAUAUAGGAAAUCACCACAUGAGCAGCAUUUUUGUUUGGUUGAUCGGAAUUGGAAUACAUUGGAUUUCUAUCGUAAACAUCAAGAUUACAUAACUCCUGUAGGUCUUUCGUUCUUCCAAACAGAAUGGGAUGCAAGUUUAAUAGAUUUUUAUCAUAAUGUUUUAGAAAUGAGGUCACCAAGUUUUGAGUAUGACUUUCCGAAACCAUACAUUAAACCACAAGUUUGGUUUCCUGUUAAACAACCAUUUAAUAUUUAUAUGGAUAAAUACAGGGAUACAAAAGACAUUCAAAAACAAUAUUUUAUGAAGAAAUUGAAAACAAUUCAUCCAUUUAAGGAAGACAAAGGACGCCCUAAAUAUCCAAAUGCUAUUCCUUAUAAACGAGAUGAAUACAUCCCAUCAUGGUUAAAACUUGAAAUGAAAAAAGAACGUUUAUCACAAGGACGUUACAGAGAGGUAUUUUCGUAAAUUUUUUUUUAACAAUAUUUAUUAUUUUGUAAAGAGAGAGAGAGAGAGAGAGAGAGUUUAUGCUCACGGUACUCUUUCACACACACACACACACACACACACACACUGCCUUUGAGAAUAAAACAAAUAGAGAAUACAAAUCACACAAUAUACAAAAUAGAACUUUAUUACAAAUCUUUGAAAUUGGUAAAACUAGUGAUAAAUAAUUUUAUAUCAUAUUUUUAUGGAUUUUUCAUAUUAAACGAGUUUCAACAA